AUGAAGACGUUUUCAGGGUAUAUUGCUCCGGAAGGAGUGCACACAGUCCAAACUGGUAGGUUAGUCAUUUUUGAGAAUCGGCCAUAUUCAAUUUUCAAAGCCUUAUUUCUGUUCUAUUGCUCCUUAUUUGCACUUGCGCCUACAUCAGAUCGUUUGCUCCGAAACUUAUCGACAGGAAUAAGGAGGGACUACUUGGAGUUUUCUGGAAGUUAG